UUUUGUUGUUUUGGAAUUUUGGAAACGCUCACCUCCGGUUCUUCCCCAUCUCCCAUUCCCCUCUCUCAUGCUUUCCACACGGGUCGAUAGAAUCCAACAAUCCCUAGCCGCCAGAAUUCGACCCACCGUAGCCGGCGAGAGUCCACCACCGACGAGGAGAGCCUUUCCAGUUGGAACGACCACCCACAUCAGGGCAGAGGGGAACCGCGUGCAUGACCAACAAGUGGACCGACGGGCGAGAUGCUGCGCCGCGGACAAGACGGGGAGAAGAGAGGAAGGGGGCGCGCAUGGGCGGCUGGCCGACAAGGAACCAACGCGUCUCUGCCACAUCUACAAACCGCAGAUGGCGGGCAACGUUUGUGAGUCACAGGUGUUCGCCAAUGUUCCUGAGGGGUUUGUCAAACUCCUCAUCUCCAUCACCAAGAUCGCGAUCGGGCCAUCAGUCCGUCCGGAGUUCACACUCUACCGGCACAAGCUCAGCGACAGUUUGUCCAUGUACCAGGCCGCAGUUCAGUUCAAGGGAGGACGCGCCGAGUUCCACCGCUUCCGGUUCGUCGGGAGGGCCAUGCCUACGGAGAGGCAUGCCAUGCAGACGGCUGCCCGCGAGGCAAUAGCUCGUCUCCGGGAUGUUCUUUCUUCAAUGAAGACUCGUCGCUACCGCUACCUCCCAUGCCACGUGCCAUACACUUGCCACUAUGCAUUCGCUUGCACCAGGGGAGAAAGAGAUGAGGCUAUUGAGAUGCUUGUUGAGUACCUCAAGGCACUAGAGGCAGCUUUCGACAACCUCGUGGACAACCUCGUAGCUGCUCGCAUGGAUUCCAUCCAUGGCUGCUCCGCCAACAGGAGGGAGCUCCUCCACAUGGCACCACCACUGACGUUCGUCUCGUCCUCAGCAUCAUAUACACCGGCCAUCUUAGCCACCGCUCGUCGCCUACCCACCACCGAGGAGUUUGACCAGGUCAUUGCUCCUACUCCCGUCAGAGCCGCACCACCUGCCACACCCGCGCCAGCUCCACAACCCAGUACUUCGCGCCUGGAGACUAUCAUUGAGGAAGAGGUUGAGUCUCCAGCACCACUGGGUCUUACCCUCGGCAGGCCAAAGGAGGUCUUCACCAUCUCCGACCGAGAACGCCUAGCAGCAGCGUGAUGUGCCAGCUUGUAUGAUAUUUUUAUAUGUACAUAGGUUUGGUGAGUAGUAGUUUGUGUGCGCAUCAUGUAGGAUCUCGGAGAAGUGCACUAGCCUAAAUAAUAUGUCAGGAAU